AUGAUGGAAGUGAAUGACUCAUCUCAUCAUGCAGAUGACUCAAACAUAGUAGUGGAAGAGAUGUAUGAGGAAGACGUUGACGCAGAUAUGGGGGGACUCCUUCCAAAUAAUGAUACAGUCCUCCAAUAUGACGAAGAUGAAGAACGUAAUGAUGGUGAUGAGUAUGGCGGGAUGCCGAUAGAAUUGUAUAAUAGUAUUGUAGCAUUUAAAAGAUCUGGUCUUUAUCCUCCAACAUUGAAUAGUAGACAAGACAGAAGUGCAGCUAGUCAUUGGAGAUCUCGCUGUAUGCGCUUCAUACUAGCUGAAGAUAGCGAAACUUUGUUAUAUUAUAAUCCAACAAGCUCAGUUAAUGAUCAAGCCAAAGUUGUUGUCAAAAAGGGAGAGGUUAGACGUGUUCUAGAACGUAUCCAUGAACUCAUAGGUCACCUUGGUCAGAAAAGAACGCAAAUGGUCGUUCUAAAAAAACUCCACUGGCGAUCAGUACGCCAAGAUGUGAAAACGUUUAUAAUGAAUUGCUCGUUUUGCAAUCAAAAAAAACUUGAAGGAAAAAAAAUUUUGAAAGCACCUGUUGAUAUAUCUAGUGAACAUUUUGGAUUGAAUAUAGAAGUACGUAAUAAAGCCCCAGGUGAUGGCAGUGGGCAAGACCGUCUCUCUUUCAGUUUGAUUGGAUAUAACGAACAUGAAGUGCAAGCAGCCGCUAUGAGCAGGAUGACCACUUAUACUUUCAAAGAAACAGCUCCCGAUUUGAGAGGAGGUCGUUAUACUCGACUUCCAAAAUCAGAAUAUGCCUACGUGAGCAGCAUGAGCUUCCCGAACUUCAAUUCGGAUUCGAUGCCAGGAAACUCUCUCUCGUUCCGGAGACAGCCCUAUAUUAAAAGAUCUCGUUGUGGUAGUUAUCCAACAAGCUAUAUAUUACCGUAUGCUCCGAAAGGCAACAGAGAGGAAACGGAGUUUAUAGUUUUUCCUGACCCUAGGAAUAGUAAUUCAUAUACUGGAGAGGACGAAGAGUUCACCAAAUAUGAAGAAAUUGAGGAUUCACGCUCUUCUUCCCAAAUAGGUAGAAAGUUUUUGGCUGUUGAUCACGAAGAAACAACCGGGCAUCCUCCAGAGCCGUCCAGUUCAUCUCCGAUCAAUCCUCCAGUUCAAAUCAAAGCCGAGUCAUCUAUGCUUUCGAAUAUUCCCGUUUAUUAUGAUCCACCCAAACGACCUAUUCCUGCCAGUCGAUCUAAUCCAAGAAGAAGGCGAAAUAAAUUCAACCAUGGGCCGACGGGAGCUGCUGCUCGAUUCAGUUUGGCUGUAGGAGAUGGAGACAGGAUGGAUUUGGGCGAGCAUACAGCUGAGUUACUUACUCCUCUGGAUGCCGCACAAAGCAGACCUGAGCUGAUUGGUCUAGCGCCGAUUAUGUUGAUGCCUUCGGUCGAUCCGGAAGUUGUCCAUUUGCAGAAAGAGUUGUUGACUAGGCAAUUGAAUAUCCAAGCCUUACAAGAGAAAAUUCUUCAUUCGCAAUACGAAUCUAUGAGGAUCCCAAUUGCUAGGUACGAGGAAAUUGAUCCCCGUGGUGAUAGGAUACAGCUUCUUUCUCAUGUCGGACAGAAUGUUAUAGAGUCAAUUCCCAGAGAAAAAAAUAAUUAUUCCCCGUUGUUUUUGAAGUUUCCUUUGUACAGUUCAGCAAUAUCUUAA